AUGGAUCCACUUGCGAGCGUGGUUGGAGUGGUCAAACUUGCGGCUCAAAUCGCAGGAGCGUUAAACGAUUUGCGAACACUGUGCAAACAAUUGCCUGGAAGAGUUCACGCAUUGAGCAACGAGGUCUCUGAUAUUGAAGUUGUCCUCAUUCAGGUCGCUAGAGUCCUCCAAGAAAGAUCCUGCUCGCCCAUUUCGAUGGCGGAGACAGACAGCAAGUUCAUACUACAACUGCUCGUGAAAGCAGAGACAAAGUUAAAAGAGCUGAAAUCAAUUGUAGACGGUCUAGCAGCCUCAUCAAAUCAAAGCAAUGUUAUUAUCUUCCGAGCAGGCCUCUGGCGAAAAGAACAACCAAGACUGCUUGCCCUGCAAGAAGAUAUUAAGGCCAUUAAAUCGAGCCUCAAUGUCGUACUUGGCGCAUCAAAUUCUCGAGAUAUGAUGCGUGUUCGAUUAGAUAUUGAAAGCCUAUCUAUGGUCACCAUAAAGUCUGCACAGAACCAAACAGCUUCGUUGCAUGAAUUUCUGCAAGGCAUGACCCUGCAGCAUAGGGAAACAACAGAGUUUGUUCGUGAGAAGCAUCAACUAGUCGACGAGCGGAUUAGCAGAGUUGAAGAAAUGCUUAGAGCCUAA